AUCCAACUCCAUCGUCACCGUCAUCACCUUCCCAUUCAUUUCUCGAAAGAGAAGCACGAACCAGAAGCCGAAGAGUAAACCAGCAUAGCUUCAGUGAAAUUAGGGCUAGCGCUUCUCGAAUUUCUGUAGAAAAUGUCUUCGACUUUCAGCGGCGACGAAACUGCUCCCUUCUUCGGCUUCCUCGGAGCCGCAGCGGCUCUCGUUUUCUCAUGCAUGGGAGCUGCGUAUGGGACUGCGAAGAGUGGCGUCGGGGUUGCCUCCAUGGGUGUGAUGCGGCCUGAGCUUGUCAUGAAAUCGAUCGUUCCAGUUGUCAUGGCAGGAGUAUUGGGUAUUUACGGUUUGAUCAUUGCUGUUAUUAUCAGUACCGGGAUCAACCCUAAGGCGAAGUCGUACUAUCUGUUUGACGGGUAUGCUCACUUGUCGUCUGGUCUUGCUUGUGGGCUCGCUGGACUCUCUGCUGGAAUGGCAAUCGGAAUCGUCGGCGACGCUGGAGUUAGGGCCAAUGCACAGCAGCCAAAGCUGUUCGUGGGUAUGAUUCUCAUUCUCAUCUUUGCUGAAGCUCUUGCUCUGUAUGGUCUCAUUGUGGGUAUCAUUCUGUCAUCCCGAGCAGGCCAGUCUCGGGCAGACUGAGAAGGCAUAGUGGCAUAACGGUGGCCAUCUUUCCAAGCUUUCUUAUUAUAAUCUUUGAGCUUAGAUUCUAGAACUGCGAAGUGCGAACUGAAGUAAGGGCUUAAGGCUAUGUUUGAUUUCUUAUUCAAUUUGUGGUUUAAACAAAUUCAGAAUGUGGAGUCUCGUUGAAGGUCUCCAAAUUAUUUUUUUUCACCCAUUCUCCAAAUUUUUCCACCCAUUUGUGACAUCUUCCAGGUAGUACCUGUUUUUUUCUCAUCUUUUUUGACUGGUUCUUUUAAAGCCCUUGCUUCUACGAUUUAUUGACUAGAUUAUUAUUUUAUUUGUCAA